GAAAAAUGUUUAUGGCAGUGUGAUUUUUUAAUUAUCUCUUUUUGACAUUUUUGCGUGUUAUGUAUUUUAGACAUAAAUCAACCUACUACUUAAUAUUAACGUUUUUAAGUAGAAAUAAUAUAUUAUUAUUUUAACAUGGUGUCCAAAGAAGUAAAUCUUCCUACGUAUGACGAGCUAACCGUAGACGAGUUAAAAUUGUCGACGUCGACACUGAUGACCGCGGGGCCGCACCUCGGCAAGGCGUGCGAGUCCGUGAACAACGAGUUUAUGUUGUGUCGGCAGGAAUUCAACGACCCACGGCCCUGCCUCGAGCUCGGCCGCCGCGUCACCGCCUGCACCUGGGAGUUCUUCAAGCGCGUCAAGGCCAAUUGCGAGCACGAGUUCAACCAGUUCGCCAACUGCGUCGACAAAAGCUCAGGCGACUUCAGGUAUAAAUCCUGUCGGAAGACUCAGACUGCAUUCGCUGAUUGCAUGGACUCAAAGCUUUGCAUAAAGCCUCCUCAUUUCGGAUAUUUCACCCGGGCGCGGGUGCACUCGAGCCCGAGCCAGGCGCCCGAGGGCCCGCCGUGCCCGUGCCACCCCGUGGUGCCGGACGCGACGCCCUCGCUGCCCGACUGCAAGCCUCGCCCGCCAGCCCGCUUCGGCGGCCGCCUCUACUGGGUUACUGAAUGAUUGCUUCCAAAUAACCACACUUCCUCUUUUAUUUAUAUCAUUUAAUAAAUUUAUCU